AUGGGCAGUCUACUCAAUUCCCGCUGGGCCCCAAACACAAACCAGCCAAAUGAGAGAUACCAACCCCGGCACACAUUCACCAAUAUCCACAAUGUCCACAAUCACAGGACAAGAAGCUCCAGCCCGGCAUUCAGACCACCACCAUAUCAACCACCUUCACAUCAACAAGGAACCCUCUUACCACCAGCAGAAGAGUUAUCCCGCUUCAUGAAAAUUGUCGCAAGACUCCGCUGGAAACUUCCCUUCCUGGCUGAAGGCUACAGACUAGCAACGCUGACCGAUGCCGUUGAACCGGGUGAAAUCGUGCACGCGGAGAUAAUGUUCAAGAUUGAUUUCCAUGAGUACUAUGCGCUUCUUGAGCGUGCUAUUGUGCAUUUGCUUGCUGUUUUUAAUAUUUCUGUUUCGGCGGGGAGGGGUGGGGGCGUUAGUGUUGAUGGCAAUGGGCGCGGUGGUAGUGUCCAUCGGUAUCAUGCCAAUGUCCUGGAAGCAUUACGGGAACAGUCUACGCCUUUAUCUCCGGUUCUUGGGGCCGGGGUUGUUUAUUCGCAGUUGCAGCGCGCGAAGGAGUUAAGGAAUCGGUGGAAGACGGCUGAUUUGACGGCUGAGGAGAGGGAGCGGCAGGGGGAGCGGAAGGAGGUUGUUGCGCUGGCUAGUUUUGAUUUCGAGGGGAUUCUUUCGGAUAUUUUUCUAGGCUUGGAGGAAUCUUAUGUGCGUGCUAAGGAUCAUGUUGAUAAAUGUAUUCGGCCGGAUGAUGGGCCUGGGGUGGAGGUUGAUGAGGAGGCUGGUUGGGGAUUUAUGGUUGAUGCUAUGGACUGGGAAGCUGUUUGA